AGCCCCUCGCACGACGCUACCGCCAAGGUCCUGUCCUUCAAAGCGGCGCCUCCCAGCCCAGGUGAAAUCGUGUGCGGAGGGGAAGUGGGUGUGUCUCGUCCCUGCUCCCGGGGAGUCACGCCUGGGAGCCCGGAGGAUACCUGGGGCUCGGUGUGGCCGCUGGUGCCCUGAGGGGGUCGGUCGGAGAAGGCGGCGCACGAGAGGGGGCUAAUCAGCUGGAAACGGAGCAGCUUUCCCUGGUCCGCCUGGAUCGAGCGCAGAGCCAGGAUGAAAGCAGCCGCCGCGGCGGCGGCGGCACAUGUGGCGGAGUGAAACCUACCAGCGCCCUGCAGGGCGAGCGAGGGAAGGGAGAGCACAGCCGCAGAGGAGAUCCGCCAGACCACGGCACCGCACCCCGGCGGGCCGGGCGGACCGCGGCGCUCCAGCGGGAGGGAGACCCGGCCGGGCGGCCCCCUGAUCUCUCCGGAGCCCGCGGACCCUGCAACCAGCUGUUGACGGACCGGCAAGCGCAGAGGGAGGGCGGCUGCCUGGGGACUGACUGGCUCCCGCCGCCAGGCUGCUCCCCGAGCCGGAUCGGCCAAGCAGACGGGGCCGGGGGCGGCUGGGACAUCGCCCUGGUGACCUUGCUGGCAUGCGGGCGCCUGUGCAUCCUCCCUCCAGCCAGCCGCGUCGGGGGGCUCUCGGCCCGGGGCCACACAGGCCAGGGGCUGGGCAGGCGGAUUCAUAGCCCCCGAAGUGGGACCCCCCGGGGGCAGGGGAGAAGCGAGCGCCUGGCUGGAUGCGCACACGCCCCGAGGGAGGCGGCCGUGGCUGGACCCGGGGCAGCCGAGCCGGAGGAGCCGGGCUAGGUUCUCCUUCUCCCGCGAGGAGCCGGGCGCCUGAUGUUCGCCGACCUCCGAGCCAAGCUCAGCCCCCCGAGAGGCCGAGAUGGGGCUCUGAAAAUGAACUGCGGCGACCCGAAAGAGAUGGAAGCCGCUGCCACGCACUUCAGCUUCUGCCGGAACCUCCUGGAGCACACGGUGUCGGCCGAAAACCUCAACUACCGUCUGCAGCGGAACACGGGCAGCAGCUUCACCUGGCAUGACGGGCGGAGUCAGAGGUCAGCAGGUGGCAGGACCGUCAAGCUCCUACAGCAGCCAGGAACCGAAGGCUCACAGGGUCGUCCCUGUGAUCACUAUGGCAAUUACCAUACCAGCCCCACGCUAGGCAGCCUUACCAAGCCGGUGGUGUUAUGGACCCAACAGGAUGUGUGCAGAUGGCUAAAGAAACACUGUCCCCAUAACUAUCUCAUCUAUGUGGAGGCCUUUUCCCAUCACGCUAUCACAGGCCGGGCCCUGUUGCGGCUGAACGCGGAGAAGCUGCAGCGCAUGGGCAUUAUUCACGAGUCUCAGCGGCAGGAGGUCCUUCAGCAAGUGCUGCAACUCCAGGUGCGAGAGGAGGUGCGGAACCUACAGCUGCUCAGCCAAGCUUCUUUUGGAAACGUCUCCUAGCCAAGCCAUCUGCUUGGCAGAUUGUUCCAACACUGUGAACCGAGCACCUCUGGGAUGGACUGUGGACCACAGAUACGAAAACCUGAAUCGCAUGCUUGGAAUAUAACAGACAGUUUCCAAACCACUCAAUGGUCUUCUCUCCCACCCUCUCUCUUUCUCUCUCUCUCUUUUAUUAAUAUUUUCCUGUGCAGAGAUCAGACAUUUUCUCCAGCAGACAUGGUUGACAAUUAGAGGCAAACUAGGAAAAUGGUCACCAGCCAUGUGAUAUGCUCCCCUCUGGGAUCCAGUCAACCACAGGGGGAAAGACCUCAAGAUGAAUGUGGUAGCUGGAGACAGGUCAUUUUAAGAAUGGAGUUGCAGCACGGUCAUUCUUGGGACUAAUCAAAACCAUGCACCAUGAAACCUCAUGCGCCCCAAUAACAUGCUUUAACCAGGAGGGCCUCUGGGCCCAGUGCAGGCUGCAGAUGUCCCCAGACUCUACUGGUGUCAAUACCUUGGAGCUUACUGAUGAAGCUUUUGUUCUCUCUUCAGACUGGGCUGUCUUCCAGCGUCCGAGGAGAUAACGUUAGCAGCAGCAAAUAAGAUGACUGGACAAGCCAGAAAAACUAAAAGCAGAGCCAAGCCCCUGGCGACUGGCUUUGCUUUGUGAAUUAAAACAAGAGCUGAGUCACUGAAGCCAGAACGCAUACCCAUAAAAGAGAAAAUGCAGGAGCCACACACUCAGUGACGUCACCGUGACCUCUAGAAAGCAGCACCAGGAAACAUUCAUUGGGUUGUCCUUGUCCUCAUUUAUGGGCAUAUGGAGGAACCAUGAUUAGUUGGUUUGCUUCAUCCACCUUUGGCACCACCCACCUCUGUGACUGGUUUCUGCGCUGCCGAUGCAGUCAGAGCUGAGGGAGAACAGGCAGUCCUCUUUGUAGAGCUCAGAAAUGCUGGCUGAGAGAAACUAUGCCGUGGCCAAAGGCCACGCCCGACUGGUAGCCUCCUACCAGCUCAUGAAGCUCACGCUGGCUGCAUUGAUAAUGCUGUGGCGCUUGCGGGGUACUUUGCUUCAAUGGGAUGUGGUGGCGGGACUGGGCAGGAGACUGGCUUAAGGGCUGAGAAUCAAGGGUUCUUUGGUGCAAUAUUCCGUUGCUUUUGUGUCCUCUCGUACCCUUCAUUCAGAGAACUCCUUAUAAAACCUU